CUAUCACAAACACUAGAUACCUCUUCAUUAUACCCCCAUCUACCCAAGCCUAACCCCACAUACUCCCAAAAAUGCCCAUAUUCCACCGCAAAUCAGCCGCCUCCUCCUCCCACGGCGCAGACAACCACUCCUCCGCCCUCCACGCCCUCUUCAGCCCACACACUUCCUCCUCCUCCCCCCCAUCCCCUCACUCCUAUGCCUCCAACCGUGCCUCAAGAAGCUCCAGCUCCAGCGGCCGCAGCGGCCACAGCCGCAGCCACAGCCACAGCCACAACCACAACCACCGCAAACAUCACCACCACAGCAGUCGCCACCGCAGCAACAGCAUCUUCCACCGACACGAAGAAGAAGAAGAAGACCCGUCUAUCCGCGCAGCAAGACAGCAAGUGACGCGCGCCGAGGCGAUGGAGAAAGAGGCGAGUAAGGCACUGAUGGCGACGAGGCAGGCGGUGCAUGAUGCAAGGGAGCAUGUUAGGAGGUUGGAUAGGGAGGCGUCCGAGGAGGCUCGUCUCGCGCGCAUCAAGCAACACCAGGUGCGGAGUAUCUCCAAGCGAGCGAAGCCUCUGGGUAGGAGUUUGUGAGUGUGUUGAGGGGAAAUGGUCUAGUUUGCGCAGGCGUAGACGAUAUCCAAUAUCGGAGUUACGGGUGAUCUAAAUUGUGUACUGUAUUUUGUCUUUGUUCGGUUUAUUUAGCGUGUUUGAUAUUAUGCUUUUGAUACCAGACUGAGUUAGGCGAGUUGGCGAUAGUUAC